AUGGAGUACUUACAUGAAUCAUCUAUGCCUGCAAGCAAAUCUGAAUUACAAGUAUUUUCAAUCCCACCAACACAAACAGCAAUUGAAAGUAGUUAUGAAGUGGAGUACCGUCCUAAUGCAAGUCUUGAAUCUAGUAAUUUUUAUGAAAUUAAUGUUCCAGCAAGUGAAGAUUUUACAGAUUUGGCAUGUACAAUGCUUCAUAUUCAUCUUAGUGUUAAAACAGUUGCUGGUGCAGUACUUACAGAAGCAAAUAAAGUUAAAGCUGUUACUAAUUUUGGUAAUUCGUUAUUUGAACAAGUGGACUUAUCUCUUGGCUCAGUUAAUACUGUGCAAGCCAAUAAUACAUACCAUUACCAAUCUUAUUUUGAAGAUUGUUUUUUCCGAUUUCCCAAUCCAAUGGAUUCCGGAUUCCAAGUGUCUGAAACUAAUUUACGAUCAUCUUUUGACUUGUAUUUUCGUUUACAUUCUCCAUUAUGUGAACAGGAUAAACUUUUAAUCAACGGAGUUCCAUUAACAUUUAGAUUCACUAAAAGUCCUGAUGGAUUUUCAUUAAUCAAAUAUGAUGCAGCUGAUACAGCUAAAUAUGAGAUCAAAUUUGAGAAAUUUUCUCUACACAUCAAACGUGUUAAAUUAUUCCCUGAAGCUCAGAAAAGUAUAAUUGCAGGUCUUGAAAAAGGCCCUGCAAAGUAUUUCAUAACAAGGAACGAUACUAGAGUUUUCUCAAUUCCUUCAGGUCAAUCAUCAGCUUCAAUCGAAAAUGUAUAUCAUGGUGUUUUACCUCGUAGAAUAUUAGUGGGAUUAGUUAAAGAUGCUGCUCAAGAGGAAAGCAUUUAUCUCGAUCCCUUUGAAUUUAAACAUUUCAAUACGAAUUUUAUUUCACUCAACGUUGAUGGGAAUAUGAUUCCAUCAAUUCCGUACUCACCUAAUUUCAGUUCUAAUUAUUAUAUGAGAGAAUUUAUUAAUUUAUACCGAUUCUUUGGACAAGAUGAAGGUAUCCCACAACUUAAUAUUACAUAUGAUGAAUAUGGUAAAUCAUCUACUUUAUUUUCAUUUGAUCUCUCACCUGACGGAUCAAUUGGUGCUGAGAACGGGACAUUAUCUCUGAUUAAAAGAGGUAAUAUAAGACUUGACAUUAAAUUCAGUGAUCGAUUGAAACAAUCACUUAAAGUUAUCGUUUUUGCUCAAUUCGAUAAUCUAAUUACAAUUGAUAAAGACCGUAACGUAAAUUUGGAUUACUAA